UCAUGUUGUUCUCCUACAGGAAUAGAAAUCCGAGUCUUGGCUCCAAUAUGACCAAGAAAAGGAGAAACAACGGUCGGACCAAAAAGGGCCGGGGUCAUGUGCAGCCAAUUGGCUGCGCGAACUGCUCCUGGUGCGUGCCCAAGGAUAAGGCCAUUAAGAAGUUUGUCAUUUGGAACAUUGUAGAAACUGCUGCAGUCAGGGACAUAUCUGAAGCACGCAUCUUCGACGCUUACGUGCUUCCGAAGCUCUAUGUCAAGCUGCACUACUGCGUGAGCCUUGCCAUUCAUAGCAAGGUUAUCAGGAAUCAAUCUCAUGAGGCCCGGAAGGACCGAACAUCUCCACCACGAUUCAGACCUGCUGGCGCUGCACCACGACCUCCACCAAAGCCCAUGUAAAGAGGUGAUUUCAUGAAGGCAGAAAGAAAAAUACCAUGGAAAAAUAAAACGGAAGUUAUACUUUAAAAAAAAAGGAAUAGAAAUCCUCACAAAGACAAUCCCCAUUCCACACCCACACACUCCCUUCCUCAACUCUUGCUGGCACACUUCUUCACAAGUAUUUUAUUCUGUGUAUGUCCCAUUGAAUUUGGGUGGGAGUUUAUUCGGUGGAACAAGAACCAUGUAUUUGUAGCCACUGGAAAAAAACCGACAACUCCACCCUCACAACCAUUAAUUGCUAAUAUCCUCCCUGGGAGAAGUGAGGAGUCCUGGGGUCUUCCUCCCUCACCCAUGAUGAAAGAUUAGCAGACAAUAUGUGCUCUCUAUUGCAAUGGUGGCAUGACUGUUAUGUAGGUAACCAAUCACUUUCUGGGUGGAUUUGAGGCCUAGUCCAUGAAAAGAACUUAUCUCUGAUUCUGUAAAUCUGGUCAAGAGCCUAUGGCUGUGGAUGUCAGAAACCCUACUAGGGAAUCUACUACUGUCGUUUUGCUAAACAGACAAGCUGCCAAAACUGUCUUAUAAAUAUGCAAGUUUAAACCCAUGGUAAACUUUCAUCAGAUCAAGUCCUUACCACAGCAGGUUAUUCCAAAAAUCAAUGAACAGGCAAAGAGAUGCUAAGAUUUUUUUUUUUAUCACUCGUCUCUCACCGAAAUUUUUUCUUCAUCCAGAGGUAAAGUAAAGACUGUGUUGAGUGAGGUACAAGCAAUUAAAACCACGAAUGCCAUGAAAUACAAAAACUUGGUAGUUGACUUUUAAAGAUAGUGAAAAGUAAAUAUAAUAUAUGUAAGUCACAGUGACAAUGGGAGAAUGUAGCAUUGCAGGCAAUAUUGAGAUAAUGUUAUUGUC